UUAGUGACGUAUAGCCGCAGCGGGAAGCACUGACCAAUAGCGGAGUCAAAGAAGUGGACGUGUUUCUAUUUAUUCUACUGUUGAAGGGCAGUUUGAGCUCUCCUGACGCAGUUCACCUUCCGCGCACAAACUUGUCGUCAUAACUAAAUCUGCAAGAUGUCGAAGGAUAUUCCGCGUGAGCCAGAGCAGCUUCGCAAGCUGUUCAUCGGAGGGUUGAGUUUUGAGACUACAGACGAGAGCCUGCGGGCCCAUUUCGAACAAUGGGGCAGUCUAACGGAUUGUGUGGUCAUGAGAGACUCCGGCAGCAAGAGAUCCAGGGGUUUUGGCUUUGUCACCUACUCAUCAGUACAGGAGGUUGAUGCUGCAAUGUGUGCCCGCCCUCACAAGGUGGAUGGAAGAGUGGUUGAACCCAAGCGAGCGGUCUCCAGAGAGGAUUCCAGUCGACCAGGCGCGCAUGUCACUGUGAAGAAAAUAUUUGUCGGCGGCAUUAAAGAUGACACCGAGGAAUCGCAUUUGCGCGAUUACUUCCAGGAGUUUGGAAAAAUUGAGGUCAUUGAAAUAAUGAAUGAUCGUGUCACUGGUAAGAAGAGGGGCUUUGCCUUUGUCACUUUUGAUGACCACGACUCCGUCGACAGGAUCGUCAUUCAGAAAUAUCACACAAUUAACUGCCACAACUGUGAAGUCAGAAAGGCCCUCCCACGACAAGAUAUGCAGUCAGGAAUGGGCAUGAGAGGAGGAGGAGGAGGAUUUUCAGGUGGUCGGAGCAGCAGCAGUGGCGGCGGAAGGCCUUAUGACUAUGACCGAGGUUACAAUCAGGGUGGCAGGGGCAGAUAUGGAGACAGCCAUUACAACUGCAAUGGAGGUGAUGGCGGCGGUGGUGGUGGUGGUGGCUAUGGAGGUAGUCCUGGUGGAUAUAACAACAAUGGAGGCAGCCGUAGUUAUAACCAGGGCUACAGCCAGGGUGGUGGUGGUGGUGGAGGAGGUGGCGGCGGCGGAGGAGGCUAUGGUGGAAAUGGCUAUGACAGCAACGGUUAUGGCAAUUGUGGUGGUGGAGGCGGUGGUGGAAACUACAAUAAUAUGGGCCACUACGAUUCCCAGUCUUCUAACUUUGGCCCCAUGAAGAACAACUUUGGCGGCGGUGGUGGCGGCAGCAGCAGCGGUGGUGGAGGCGGCAGGAGCUAUGGUGGCUAUGGAGGCAGCUCAAACAGCGGAUAUGCACGUCAAGGGCGAUUUUGAAGUGACAAAGGGGUAAGUAUUUAAUGCCAACACCACCAGCUUUGUCACCAUUGCCACAGUCUUUGUAGUAGCAGGGAUUCGUUGUGCAGUGCUCAUACCAAAUUAAAAAAAAUGGAUCUUAGGUCAUAUGAAGUCAGUGCACAGUUAACAAUGUUGUUCCGUAUUGUUCAACAGGACUGAGUACUUAGGAGAGGAAGUGACAGCAAGAGGAGAGGAAGUGACAGGGCAGCUGCAGGUUUACCUCCUAAAUCUGCUCAGCCAAACACUUGUGGCAGAUUACAGCUACUGCAAGAGAUGUACAAUAGCUAAAUUGUUGAGGGUUUUCAUUUAAGCGUUCUUGUGUUUUUUCAUCUGUUUCUGGAAAGCAAGCAUUCCAAUGAGGGUUUUAUGUAGAUUUUGUUUUGUCUUUAAUCUGGUUUUAUUUGUAACUGAAUCAACGUCAAGCUGAAUAAACAAAACAAAAAAUUUCUUAAUAACUUUUAGCUUCCUUUUUAGUGGUUUUGUGCAGGGGUGGGAGCUGGGAGGGUCAUCUGUGUGACGUGCGCAUCCGUGGAAUAGUCGCCACAUGGCAAGAGCCAUAAAUACACGCGUCUACUGGUUGAGGGGCACGUGAGGGUACAGACUCAACUCCGGGUGCAGCACAAAACAUCUGGAGGAUGCUAGCUUACAUGCAAAGUCUUUGAGGCUAGCCAUGGAAGCCAGCUGAGGGAGAGAAGUAGCAAUCAACGCCAGGAUCAUUGAAGCAGGGGACAGUGAGAACAGAAGCCUGAGGCUAGCAGGCAGCAGCUACCAAAGGCUUAAAUGCUGCCUGUAGGUAAGACCAGCCUUCUCAACUACUGAUAGUACACCUUACUUUGCCAUGUAGCUGGUAAGAUGUGUAGCACAGUAAUGAUAAAACUUUGUUGUGAAAAAAAUCUCAUUGAGUUGGUCGAUCGGCCUCCUAAUUAUUGCAUAAGUGUGUCAACAUAUUUGCAUGCCAUGAUUAAAUGAAAAUGCUUGUAGAGGGUUUCCUUUUUAUUGACUUGUUUCUGCUUUCAGGUAGUACAGUCAAGCAUGCACUCAGGGGGAACAAAGUUCAUCGAACUGAAAACCGAUAAAUCAGAAUUCCACAGAAAGCUGAAUUGGUGCUGAAGAUGUUUUUAUGAAUUUUGGUAAACAUUUUACACUUUAUUUUUUUAAAUAAAAUUAUAUUUUU